CUCUAAAGCCCUAAAUCCCCAUCUCACGCCGACCGACUCCCUCUCUUCUCAACCCUUUUCACCGAUCUCAUCCAUUCUCCUCCGCCGAGCGCUCUCCGUCGUCGCGAUGGGGGGAGUCGCUGCUGAUGCGGGCGUUGAGCAAGCGGCGGACGUGGGUCUUCCUCUUCCUCGUCGUCUACUCCCUCCUCCUCUCCUCCUCCUGGAACCUCCUCCUCUCCAUCCGCUCCUGGUACAACUCGGCGGCCGCCUCCGCCUCCUCCCGCGCCGCCGCCGGCUGGAAGGCCCUCUACGCCUCCAUGCUCUACGGAGGGGUCUUCGGCCUGCUCUCCAUGGGGGCGGCGCUGGCUGUGGCGGUGCCGGCCACGUUGGUCACUGGAUCACGAUCCUCGUGCUGCUCGCCUUCGCCGGAAAGCCCCGACGGGCGCUCGUCGCCGACGGCCGUCGGAUCACCGCCGACAUCGCCGGUUUCGCGCUCAAGAUCCUCCUCCGAGAGGAAAACCUCGUCGUCGUCGGCGCCGUCCUCAGCUUCGUUGCCCUCCUCCUCCGACGGAGACGAGGCGGAGGUGAGGACCAAGGUUUUUGUUCUAUCAUUGCAUCUCCAGAGUCUUUCAGAAUAUUUCGUCUAA